AUGGAUCCUCAACUAGAGAUCUUUGUCAAGGCUCUCUCUCGGUGUGAUGUAAGCAUGCUAUGUUGGUCGGCCUCGUUCUACCCCCAGCCCAUCUAUAAUUACCAGCGUGGUUCGACAUCAGGGUUAGCCAUCGACUUCCCAACUAUCAACUUCUUGGGCUUUUCAUGUUAUGCGAUCUACACGUCUGCUUUCCUGUACUCUCCCGUCAUUCGUCAGCAAUAUGCUGCACGUUUCCCCAACUCCGGCGAGCCGACCGUCCGCUUCAAUGACUUGGCAUUUGCCGUGCAUGCGGUGGUGUUGAGUGCGAUCGUCUAUUCGCAGUUUUGGCCCAGUAUUUGGGGGUUGCGCGUAUUGCGCACCCAACGAAUCAGUAAAACUAUGUUGGGGCUAUUUUGGGGUUCGGUCCUGGCGCCCCUGGUCGUUGUUUGGAUGGUGGUGGCGCGCAGCCCGGACGGCGGUCUUGAUCCCGCAUCAUGGGCGUGGAUUGACGUGGGGGUAUUUGUCAAGAUCUAUGCAUUUUCGUAUGUCAAGCUCCUCAUUACGGUGGUGAAGUAUGUGCCCCAAGCCUGGGUGAAUUACAAGCGCCAGUCAACCGUGGGCUGGAGCAUCAUCCCCAUUCUUCUCGACUUGAGCGGGGGGGUUCUGUCGCUAGUGCAACUAGUCCUCGAUUCGAGUCUCCAGAGCGACUGGAGCGGAAUCACGGGCAACCCCGUCAAGUUCCUGCUGGGCAACGUCACCAUUGUCUCAGACACGGUUUUUAUCGUCCAGCACUACUUGUUAUACCGAGAUGCAUCGAAGGACUCGAAGGAUGGGGAUCGGGAUCGGGGUGACCGAAGGCCGUUGUUGUCUGAUGAGCCUUACGAGGCUUCUCAAGCCACGCGAGAUCUAGUUUAA